AUGGCUUCAAAACUUUCAACACUCGCUAAAAAUUUGGUAACUCCUGACUUUUCUAAAUUCCGUGAGACGGGGAAGCAUUUUGCCACCAGUGAUAUGAACCUUGUAACCUGUAAGGGUGUAUACCCUUACGAGUAUACGGACGAGUGGAGUAAACUCGAUGAAAAUGCGUUACCGGAUAAAGCUGAAUUUUACACUGAAUUUUACAGUAUCCUGACCGAGUCAGCAAUUAAAGAUGAAGAGUACGAGCACGCGAUGAAAGUAUGGAAACAUUUUGGAUGUAAAGCGAUUGGUGAAUAUUCAGAUUUGUAUUUAAAAAUUAAUGUAUUGCUGCUGGCCGAUAUUUUUGAUAAUGUCCGUGAUGUGUGUAUGAAGACUUACAACUUAGAUCCUGCAUACUAUUACACCACUCCAGGGUUUAAAUUUGAUGGCAUGCUUAAAUUCACGGCAAUAAAACUAGAAUUACUGUCAGAUUAUGAAAUGCUUCUCAUGUUUGAAGACGGUAUUCGAGGUGGGCUCACACAAACAUGCGGUAUGCAAAAUCAAACAAUGAAAAAACACCAGAUUACAACCCGGCAGAUCCAAAAUCAUGGCUUGCAUCAAUCUUUACGGCUGGGUAAUGUCUCAGUUUAUGCCCUACGGAGAUUUCAAGACAAGUGGGUUAAACCAUCACUCGACGGAUUAUACGAUUUGACUGAGGAUUCGCCCAUAGGACGGGUUUACGAGGUUCACUUUGUUUAUCCAAAAAAAUUACAUGAUAAACAUAACGACUUGCAAAUCCUACCACAAAACAGCAUACCACCAAGUUCAAAAGUACGCAAACUCAUGGCUACAUUUGAGCUUAAGAAAAAUUAUGUUGUUCACUAUCGAAACCUCCAGCAAGCCAUAAACAAUGGUCUCGUAGUUGAAAAGGUGCAUAGAGUUAUUCAAUUCAAGCAAUCACCUUGGCUUGCCCAGUAUAUUGAAUUAAACACUAAUAUGAGGGAAAAGGCGGAAAAUGAAUUUGAGCGGGAUUUCUUCAAAUUGAUGAAUAAUGCUGUAUUCGGAAAAACUAUGGAAAACGUUCGUAAACGUAUAGACAUGGAACUUGUAUCGUGCGAUCGACGUUUACAGAAAUUAAUAAACAGAUCAACAUUUAAAUAUUCCACCACCUAUUCCAAAAACUUGAACGCCAUAACAUUGGAGAAAAAAAUCAUUAAUUUUUGUAAACCUAUUUAUAUCGGUUUUUCAGUAUUGGACAUAAGUAAAACACUGAUGUACAACUGUCAUUAUAACGUAAUGAAAAGACACUAUGGAGAUGAUAUUAAGCUAAUGUACACCGAUACGGAUUCACUGGUGUACCAUAUUAUUACGGAUGACUUUUACCAGGACUUGGCAAAUAACGCAAACUUGCUAGACAAGAUGGAUACAUCUGACCUACCGAAAGACCAUUCGUGCUACAUUCCCUACCGUAAGAAGAUACCAGGUCUAUUUUCUGACGAGACCAAGGGUGAUAUAAUGACUGAGUUUUGCGCGCUGCGAGCAGUCAUAUUCAUACAUUUUGGCUGGGAAGGAAACAAUCAAAGCGAAGGGGAUUAG